CACUCACACACACACCUUUUUCUCCUGAGACAGAGAGAUGCCGAUUAGCCGGAGAGUUCUGAAUCAGAUCGCCGCCGCUCCGGUUAUCGUAGCUGUCGUUUGCUUCGUCUUCUGGUCAUCGAUCAUCGCGCCGGACCACCUAAAGGGCACGAAAGACGUCCUCGAAGUGGCUAAGACCAUUCCUGUCCCCAGCGAUGGACCAGAGAGCUUAGAGUUUGACUCACAAGGUGAAGGCCCUUACGUCGGCGUCACCGACGGUCGCAUCCUGAAAUGGCGUGGCGAAGAACUCGGAUGGGUCGAUUUCGCCUACACUUCUCCUCACAGAGAUAACUGCUCGAGGCAUGAGGUUGUUCCAAGUUGCGGGAGACCAUUGGGACUUAGCUUCCACAAGAAAACAGGAGAUUUGUACAUCUGUGAUGGUUACUUUGGGGUCAUGAAGGUCGGACCAGAGGGAGGCUUGGCCGAGUUAGUGGUCGAUCAAGCUGAAGGUCGCCAAGUUAUGUUCGCUAACCAAAUGGAUAUCGACGAAGAAGAAGACGUCUUCUAUUUCAAUGAUAGCAGCGACAAAUACCACUUCGCGCAAGUAUUCUACGUGUUUAUCUCCGGGGAUAAGAAGGGAAGAGUAAUUAGGUACGACAUGAAGAAGAAAGAGGCCAGUGUUAUAAUGGACAAGCUUCAUUUUCCGAAUGGUUUAGCUCUAAGCAAAAACGGGUCGUUCGUACUCACCUGCGAAAGCGGUACAGGUACGAUCCAUAGAAUAUGGGUCAAAGGUCCUAAAGCAGGGACCAACGAGGUUUUCGCCAAGAUCCCGGGUCCCAUGGACAAUAUCCGGCGCACGCCUACGGGAGACUUUUGGGUCGCAUUGCAUUCCAAAAAAAGUUUGUUCAUACGUGUGUUUCUGAGCCACCCUUGGGUCGGAAAGUUUUUCAUGAAGACGCUUAAGGUGGAGACUGUGAUUUAUCUCAUCAACGGAGGGAAACCUCAUGGAAUUGUCGUGAAACUCUGUGGAGAGACCGGGAAGAUUCUCGAGAUACUCGAGGACAGUCAAGGGAAGACCAUGAAGUAUCUUAGUGAAGCUUAUGAGAGAGAAGAUGGAAAGUUAUGGUUCGGUUCUGUGUAUUUCCCUGCCGUUUGGGUUGUUGAUACUUCGGUUUACGAUCGCAAAUGAGUAACCAAAAAGAAACAAGUAACAUCAUCAUUAUGGUGUAAUUUGCUUGGUAGAAAUGCAUGCAUCUUCUUUUGUAUCUUGUUGUUGUUGUGUACGUGGACUUUUAUUCUGCGAAAUUUUGGUUCAUAUGAGCAGUUUAUGUGGGAUUUAUAAAUGUCUGUGUGGUUAAAACGAAAUCUGAGC